CGCAACCUUCCGUCCGUAUGCGCCGGCUCCUCAUAGACUCGUGUCUUCGACCCCCGGCCUCGGUGGAUGACCGCCCGAUCCUCAAGCCCACGCCUUGCGCGGCAUAUCCUCCGAUAUGGACGCAGGGGAAUAUGAGACAAACAAUUUGUUGAUCAGCAACCUGUCCGCAAUUUCCUUCCGUAUAUACGAGCCCAUCGCCGCCCAAUCAUCAACCUAUACCUUCAACGCGAGCGGAGUCGAGGACGCCCUGCGCAGCGAUGGCCACUUGGUGUACAUGGACGCCGUUCGGCGCGGCAUAUGGUGUUUCUACCUCUCGUCCGGUGACUCCACCUCUGCAAGUCACUCCGAGCGGCUUGGCCUUCACGCGCGGAUGGAGGUCUGCGGCUACCCCCUAGGACUUGUCGGAGAUGGAAACUUGGAGCCCAUUGGGCUCCUGAAGAACAGGCCACCGGGAACAACCGCGAUCAACACACCGAACAGCUCGUCGUCUGCUGGUUCUGCCCUGGACUUGAACACGAGGGGCACCCAACCCUUCAGCUUCCCCCCUACCCCGGUGGUCGUGGACGGCAAGGUUGCAUCAACCCCGGUCGGCGACGUCAAAGGGUAUGGGUCGGUUCCUGCACAAGAGAUCCAUGAGUUUUUUAUCACUGCCGUCUUGUCGUCUCUAACGUCGUCAUUUUGCCGUACCGUCGGCGCCAUCCUGUUGAACAACCGUUCCGCUUUGCUGCCUCCGCAGGUUUUUAACUCUGGCGAUGCCGAUUGGAGCCAAGCGCCUCGGAGUUCGGCUCUCGCCACGUUUCGGAUAUACUUGACUACCACAGGGUCGCUCGUUAUCGCCCUCCAUGUGUCCGUCCUCCAGGGCCUAGUCUCCUCUGCCGACGUCUUACGGUCAAGUUUGUUACACGCCGGUCCGACUGUUCUUGCCGCGCCGUUCGGGACAUUCGGGGCCUUUCAAAGCGUCGUUGAUACGGAAAGCCAGGUUGCAGACGGUGGGUACGGCCAAUCGCCGGAGGCUCAGGUCGGCCGGUUCAGGUCCGAUCAUAGCGAUAAGUUCCUGCAGUUAAAAACAACAUGCUGCAAGCUACUCCAAAUGAGUGGGAUGUCGCCUUCAUUGCUGGACGGCUGUUCCUGGUUGAAUAUACACUUUCUCCAAAAAAAGCCAUUUGAGCACAGGGCGGAUGGAAAGAGAACCCCGCUUGUUGGCCCGGGUUCAACAGCGCCGUGGCCUGCCGUCCUUUGCUUUCGAAAGCCCAAGAUCGAAACGAUGCUGGACGUGCCACUCGAAAAGGCGCUGACCGCGACGGGCGCUGACCAUUUGGAUCCCUUGAACAGGGCAAAAGUAUGGUGUCAAGGAGUCACUGACAGAGAGGACGCCGCGAUAAGGAGGAAGAAGGAAAGAGAUGCGGCUUUGGCGCGCGAGCUUGCUGAGCCGGACGUGCGAGGUCAUCCACAGACAAACGGAUACUCACCCAUGGCGCUCUGGCGCGGUUCGGCGAACGGCACGCAACCCCCAGCGACGGGGACGAUGUAUCCCACGCCUCCAGAUGGAGUGCAGCUGUCCGGGGUCACACCGUCUUUCGACGGCGGUCAAGUCCAGAGCCCGGCCGGCCAACCAGUCACGAACCCGGCCGUCGAUGGUCACACCACCAUGCGGCAGGAUGCCACAGUGCCGGAUACUUUCAAUGCGAGCUGGAACGGCGCCGAGCCAAGGCCUGAGCCAGCAACGGUCAACUUCGCUGAGGAUAAUCUCUUCGGCGAUUUGGGAGAAGACAUGUUCGAAGGCAACGAACUUACCGAUGCCGACUUCAACUUUUUCGAUGAGCAUCCGGAUUCCGGCGAUAUCGACUUGUCUGACCUCCCGGAACUGGCGUCUUCAACGAUGGGGAUGCAAGAGAAUGAGAAUCACCUGUUCGAAGAACAAACCCCGGCAGUCCCUACCGUGGAUGACAAAAUCGAUGCAUCUUCGGUUUCUCCGCAGUUCACCAAACCCGAAUUGAGGCACGCACGCAGCACACUAACCGAUGAGAAUCGGCAACAAACUAAUAUGGAAAGCUUUAAUCGUAAUUCUACCGCUGGGAUCAAGAGGAACCCGAGUCCCUUCAACCCCGAGACCGUCUUCAAGCGUAUCCGGGCAUCCAUUCGACCCCCGUCGUUGAUAAUAUCCACCCAACGAGGCCCUCCCCGACGCCGCAGCUUGUUUGAGAAGGUCGAUUUUGAUCCGGACCUGUCGCCUGCCAUCAAAAAAUACGAGAAAGGGCCGUUUGAUUACACGUCUACAACCCUAAGGGAGAAAGGGGGCGGGCCACUUCAAAACGGCAACCCGCUCAUUCCUGGCCGACUAUUGGGGUCCGCGCGGCAACGCAGGAAUCUCAAGGAGCUACCGCCUGAUAUUAGCUGCAUCUUGGCUAAGUUAGCCAGUACUACUGCUAACGGAUCGGGACAGCAAGAUGACACCCGCUCAGAUUCAGGUGACAGCAGCUCGGCCUCGCUGGACGAGGAUACGAGCGACCAAAUAGGCCACGUCUCGUCGCCAGCCAAGUCAACCGUGGUGCGAAGGCGACCGGAGGACGAUGUCAUAUCCAUGGCGGCCUCGUUCAGGGAGCUGGAGAAUAUCUCGGUCGAUUCCCCGGGCUACGGACCGGUCGAUCUGUCGCGGCUGUCAAACUCGGAGAUUCCCGACUUUUCCCUCUCCAGAUACUUUGCUGAUCCAGAGCCGGCGCCGCUCCGCAUAUCUGUUUCCGACGACGAUUUUAUCACGGUGGCACAGAUCCUCACCGAGCAGGCAGCAAGCGGAUCCCUCAAAUUGGCUCCGCAGCACCAGAGUUCAGAGGUUCAGGAUCUGCGUCGAAGCUUGAUCAAGGCCAUCCGCUACUCAGUCAAGGGCCUACACAAGGCCCUCCCCCGAUCGUUGGCCGGGGCGGUCGGAUGUCGACUUCGCCCAUUUACAGAGGUCCAGGAUGUGCCCCUCCUCGUACAACCCAACGGGCGGGUGCAAGUGAGGCCGGCGGAAUACCCCAAACCGAGCAUAUUCCUCAUUCCUACACCUCAUGUUGAAGUCCGGCGCUACGAGAACCAGCUCUCGGUGCUCCCAUCUGCCGUAUCAUUCUGGGAUACCUUGGGCCUUGGGCCGGUGCAGGGGCCGAAAAGCGUCGUUGCCGUGUGCAUCUUCCCUCAGGUUGAAGGGAUGCGGGACAAUGCAUCUGCCUUUCUAGACAGGGUUCAAAGCACCUACGAGUCGUUAAAGCUUGGUGCUUUUGAAAGAUUACCAACAAUUGCCAGCAUCGUGGACGGCCUUGUUUUGCUCCCGACUGACCACGACAUUACCUCCCCGGGGCUUAAUCUACCUCGGGCCCGGUCAGCAUACACAGACCAGAUGACGAAUCUUGCCAUGUCUCUCGCUGGCCUGUCCAUAUCGGAGAAGAAUUUUGUCGUGUAUUUUGCAUACACGCCGGGGAAUCCCAGUUCGAUCGUGGACUGCUGCUCUGCCUUCCAGGAGCUCUUCGAGCACUAUAAGAGAUGCAUGAUGGAUAAGAAAAAACACAUCUCGAACGACUUGGCGCUCCAGCUCGUACCACUCGAUGCCGUUGCCUCGGAGACGUCACUGGUCGUCUUGUCUCCGUCUGAAUGCACGAAGCUCUGCCUAGAGACGUAUGACCGCUGCACGCUCUUCGGCGGGCCCAUGCCUUCGCCGGCGGUCAUGCUUGAACGGGCGCUGCCUAGGGGCAUCGACUUCAAGCUCGCCCCCACUCCAUCACCAAACCUACUGCGGGAAAACUCAUGCAUCCAUGUCGCAUACGCACGGAGCGUGGACGAGCGGUGGGUCACUGCCGCAUGGACAGAUAAUAGGGGCAGCACCCAGUCGAUGGCCUCAUACUGCCUCGGCAGGCGAGGCAAACCGCUAUCCAGGAGUCUCGAAGACGUCAUCCACGAGAUUUGGGAAACGACCCAUAGCCUGAUCUCAACCUGCAAAGUUCACUGGCGGGUCGUUAUCACUAAGUGCACCUCGAUGGAGCAGCAAGAGAUGGAGCUCUGGACGGGCUUAGCGCAGUCAGAAACCCGCGCCACCGUCAGUCUGGUCCUCCUCACAGUCGACACCGACCCAUCCCUCCAACUCAUCCCGCCCGUCGCCACGAUCCCCCUUUCCGCCCCCUCCGUCUUCUACACCACCCCAGUCUCAACCCCGCAACCCUUAUCCGUCCUCUCUCCCGACCAAUCUGGCAACCCCUCCACACCAAUGGGCACCACCGGCCCCGGCAUAGGUGUCACAACCCCCGGUGGCGACUCCUCAUCUCAACAACACCAACACCAACACCAACAACUACCCGGUCAGCCCAACCAAUCUGACGCAGACGGCGGCGACACCACCUUGAUGGACACAACCGAGACGACCUGGGGCGUGGUCGUCUCGCACAGGCUCAACAACUCGGCGUCCCUCACGGACCUCAACCCGGCGCUCGCGAGCGGGUACCUGGUGAAGCGGGCCGGGCCGAGGCCGGAGGACGCGCCGGUGGCGAUGGAGGUGAACGUGGUGUACAGCGACAACGCCAGGGCCAUGUACGACGUGCUCCUGCGGGAGAUGCUGGCGUACUUCCGCGGCCUGGGCACGCUGGCGCGCGUGAGGGGCGUGACGGAGCGCGAGGUCGACGUCAGGCCGUGGCAUGUGGCCGUGGCGGAGAAGGCUGUCAGGGCGCUGUACCUUUUGAUGUGAGCGAUAGAGCGAGGGCUGUUUUAGUUUUUUUUUAUUACUUGUUUUGCUGCUUCUUGUAAGGUGUGCUGGGUGUUGUGGCGUGCGUGUGUUAUGUUUCGGGGGAUAUUUUGUGUUGUUUUCU